AAAUAGACCGUUUCGAAAUUCCUUGGCCAAAGCUGGCUAGCUUUGACCGGAAAGGAAGGUUUGAGUGGGUUUUUGUGGAUGUUGAAAUGAAGUUUAAGGGGUUGAGAAAGGAAAAUUGGUGUGAACAUUUUGAGUAGAAUUGAAAGGAAGGAAUGAAGAUGAAAUAGGGUAUGAUGACAAGUAGAGCAGAAGACUAUGGAAGGGGUUUUUGAUAAAGACAAUAUUUGAAAAAUAUUUUUAUCCGAGGAGAUUUUCUUAGUUAAUUCAAGAAUUUCGAUAAGUCAUCAGAAAAAUAGUCCUGUCCCAACCUAGUUAUUAAUAAUCCCAUUACAGUUAAGGAGAAUUAUAGCCUCUUCUGUUAAGUUCUUAGCCUUACACUCAUGGUUACAUCUAAA